AUGGAGAGGAAGGAAUCAUUAAUCUUUACCUUCUACUGUCCCGAGGUUCCCAAAGUCAAGGGGGACCGGAAAUACCAAAGGCCUACCCUCCCCACCAACAAACAUCCGAGUGCCUCGAUGCCACCCCAGAGGCGGCAGCAGCAUGUGGAUCAGACACACACCUACAUCCGAAUGUUCUGUGGCAGCCUCUGUGGUUUUAGCCUCCUAAUGCUGAUCUGCGUGUCCCCACUGAACUGGGUGCAGUUCCUGGUGAUCAAGAAUGGCCUUGAGCUCUACGCAGGACUCUGGAUCUCAUGCAACCAUGAGCUGUGCUGGAGCCACACACCCAAGCCACCCUAUUACCUCCAAUAUUCCAGGGCCUUCUUCCUUAUCUCUGUCCUCACCAUACUUGUUAGCCUUGGCUGGCUCUUCAGCUCUUGCCUCCCUAGAAGAGGAAGAAGGACUCCUAACUUGGAUCUGAAGGUAUCCAUGCUCAGCUUCAUCUCAGCCUCCUGCUUGCUCCUCUGCCUCAUCCUGUUUCUGGCGCAGGUUCACUGGCAUACUAGAGAUACCAUGGAGUCAGCGCUCCUGUGGACCUACCAUCUUAACUGGGGGAGUGACUUCUUAUACAUGUUUGCUGGGAUUAUCUCCUUUCUCAACCACAUGACUUCCAGAUCUCCUCCCCUUGAUCAAAAUGUCACGGCAGUUCCCACGGAGAAGUCAAGGCUGGGGAUUGGUCCAGUGACUACAGAAUUGCCUGCUGAAGAUGAUGGGUCAGGGUUUCAGACAGAAUCUACCAAUGAGAAAGAGAAAAAACUAUCAAGUACAGAACUGUGAUAGUGAUAGGACAGCCCAACUACUGCUUGUCUUGAAAACAGGGGAGAAGCUGAGUCGGGAAUGAUUGUGCAGAUUCAAGGAAAGUCUCCUAAUAUCAUGUCUGUAUUACUGAAGGAGACAGCAUUAAAGCUGAUGAAAUGUC